GUCGCUGGAAUGUGGCAAAACACUUAAUGUCAAGACUUUUUUUGAUGUUUCUUUUUUAAAUAAUCUUGUUAAAAUGCAACAGAAUCGAUUUGUAAAAAGUGUUUAAACCACAUUAUGGGAACACUGGUCCAGGUGUUCACUGGAUUCCAGUUUAAGCGGCUUAAUGUCUGACUCACACACUCUUGCGAAGUUGGACCUCCUUCUCCUAACUCCUUUAUAAAAGCACCAAACUUCCUUUAAUCCAGAAGCUGCUCACACAGAGUCAAGAAUUUCAUAUUUAUUAUUUAUUUUUGGAAUUUUCCCACCACUAGCUAUUUAUUGUUAUUGUUUAUUUUGUAUUUAUUUUAUUUAACGUUCCCUUUUAUUCCUUCGUCAAAAUGUUUUUGUUUCCAAUUAAACGCCCUUCCUGCCCGUUCCCCUUCCUUUUCUUAAUCCUCUCUCUUCCCUUUUUCUCUUCCUCGUUUUACAUCCCAGAAUCCAACCCAAUCUUUGCCUUCAGGAAUCAGCUCAGAGAGGUGCAUCUCUACACAGAAAAUCACAGACGGGGGUUGUAUGUGGAGAUACAUCUGGAUGGGAGAGUGACUGGAAGUGAUGCUCAGAGUCCUUAUAGUGUGUUGCAGAUAAAGUCUGUUAAACCGGGUCAUGUGGUCAUAAAGGGACAGACAUCGUCCCUGUUUCUCUGCAUGGACGACUCCGGGAAUCUAAGAGGACAGACAGCCUAUGACGAGGCUGACUGCUCCUUCAGGGAACUGCUGCUGGCCGAUGGCUACACCCGUUUCCUGAACUCACAACAUGGCGUUCCUUUAUCACUGGCAUCCAGAAACUCUCCAGAUCGACACUCCGUUCCUUUCACAAGAUUUUUACCUCUCAGGAAUACUUUAACGGUUUCAGAAGAAUCAACAAAAACUCAGAGGGACUUCAACCUGGACUCGGAUGACCUUCUCGGGAUGGGACAGAACGUGGUGGUUAGUCCUCAGCUGUUCGUGGACUAAAAUACAGAACCACAAAGAAAUCAGAACUGUUUGGGUUUUAAAACUCUGAUACGUGAUUGUCUGCUAAUUUAUUAUUAUUGUUUUUUUUUUUUGGGAUUCUUAAAUAUAAUUAAUACUGACCUAAGUUAUUUAUUUAUUUUUGUGUCUUAUUUAAAGCUUAUUUUAAUUUUUUAUUCAUUCUGAGAAUUGCUCAGAUCUUUAGAGGAAAAAUGAAUAAUUCAGAUUUCAUUUCCAGGUAAAGAAAUUCUGGAAUUGCACAAUUGUAUUUGUGCAAUUCUAUGGGUUUUUUUUCUUUUUGGUAUUUCUAAUGCAGAGCAGUGCUCAGCACCUUCUUGCACAACAGUGGAAAAAUGCCUGCGUGGGAGCAGGACGCCCUCUAGUGGAAUAAACUAAUAAUGAGCGCAAAUGUUUGAUUUUUUUAUUUUGCUCAUUUCUGUUUGAUUUGUGAUUCAAGAAAGAGAAAAAAAA